AUGGCCUGGACCAGCGGCUCCAUGGUCCUCGUCCUGCACAGGCACAAGCAGAGAGUCCAGCACAUCCGCAGCAGCAGCCCCUCCCCCAGAACUGCUCAUGAAACUAGAGCCACACACACCAUCCUCAUCCUGUAUAGCUCUGCUGGCUGGUCAGAGCCCAGUGACACCGUAGAAGUAGUGGUGACAGGAGUCUACAACAAAUCCACCCUCUAAGCCCUAUCAAGCCCUGUGGUGACCUCAGGGGGGAAUGUGACCCACCAGUGUGGCUUAUGGCAGAAAUUUGACAAGUUCAUUCUGACUAAGGAAGGACAUCAAAAGCUCUCCUGGACAGUGGACUCACAGCCUCCCUUCUAUCUGCAGUCCCAGGCCCUUUUCUCUGUGGGCCUUAUGACCCCUGGCCAGAUGCUACGGCUAUCACAGAAACACCCCUCAGGUUCAGCCCAGCUGCAAAAGUCCAAUGUUACCCUGAAGGACACUCAGCCUGAGGAUAGGGUGGAACUGGACAGUCAGAGGUGUGAGCCCCCUUUCACAUGGCUGCCUCCUUCUCUCCUAGGACUCUAUGGUAAACCCACCCUUUCAGCCCUUCCGAGCCCUGUGGUAGCCUCAGGAGGGAUAGUGACCCUCCAGUGUGCCUCACAGCUGGAAUUCGACAUGUUCAUUCUGACUCAGGAAGGAAACCACAAGCUCUCCUGGCAUUUUGGACUACAUGGACACCCCCAUGGGCAGCCCCAGGCCCUGUUCUCUGUGGGCCCUAUGACCCCUGGACACAGGUGGAUAUUCAGAUGCUAUGGCUAUAACAGCAAAAUCCCCCUGGUGUGGUCAGAAUCCAGCGACACCCUGGAGCUCCUGGUCUCAGGAGCAGCUGAGACCACUAGCCCCUCACAGAACCAGUCAGACAUUGAGACAGGUAAGUGA